UGUGAACGUUGGGUCACGAGAAAUCACCUUUGGCCGACACUGUACCCGCCAUUCGUUGGAGUGCAUUUACCCUCCAUUCGUUGGAGUGCAUUCACCCUCUCCAUUCGUUGGAGUGCAUUCACCCUCUCCAUUCGUUGGAGUGCAUUCACCCUCUCCAUUCGUUGGAGUGCAUUUACCCUCCAUUCGUUGGAGUGAUUCACCCUCCAUUCGUUGGAGUGCAUUAAUUCUCUUCUUAACAAUGUUCCGUCCUACAGAGUAUACAUCUUCACCUCCGGCCUAUCGCAGUUUCUCAUACUGUGGGAAACCAGAGCAAUCAGUAUUGAUUGGAGGAAGAUUUGUGGCUUCAGCUCUGCAAAAUGGAUAUGGCCAUCUUCACUUCGAUACGCACAUGGAAGCUGCUCAAUUCUACCACGCAAUGAAGGAGAGGAUUUUUGAUGGACCAGAUGGCAGAGAUGGCAAUGUAGAGUUUUCUCAUGCAUUAUACUUUAAUUCUAAAAGACUAGUGGAGUAUGGGAAGGCAUUGGGCGUUGCCACACUAUCUAAAAGAGAAAGAGCGACAACGACGUCCCUGAUGGCAGAGGAGGUGACUGGCAACUCACCAAAACGGACGCGAGACAGCAAGGAAUCUGCCACGCGCGAACUUGGCGAAUCCACUGAACAAUCGCAGGAUUACAAGACCGACGUUGCAUAUAGGCUCUACGAAGACAGACAAGCUUUCUGCAUAGUUUUGCUUACUCCGGGUAUCAAAGACAAAACCGAAUUUGAGAUUGCCGUUGCUGAUGACGAUCAGUUCAUAUCCAUCGAGGAUAAAUUUGCGGACAACUCAGCUUCCGGAAAGUUGAUCAUCGAGUCGAACCCUCCAGGGCCGUUCCAAAAUCGACAUUUCCUGCAAUGUGGACGUCCAGAUCGAACAUGGGGUAACCAGGAUGCUUUUGAGAAAGGCGCAAGCUCGAAUCGCAAAGAAAACAGUGUUGCAAAUUGUUUAGAGCGGCUCCGUGGGAAUAUCACAAGAUUGCCCUGCGGAAGAGGAUUGCUUAGUUACAAGUCUCGCUAA